AGCCAACUUCUGCAGCUGAGGAUCCCAGUGAAAUUCCCCGCCUUCGACCACUGCCCAAUUCACACUGCACCCGACCCCUUUGGCCCCUCCUACAGAGGCCCCAGCAGGAAUCAUCUGGUCUGGAUCAGCAUAAAAAUGAAUGGAUCUGCUUCUGAAAUGCGCCCCCCUGUGGAGUGUAAGAGAAAGAGCCCUGAGAGUGUCCUGGUGAAGAGAGCAGACUCCCCUGUACCUAGCUGUGUUUCCCUGAAGAGUGACAGGUCAAUGGGCCCCCCACUCAACUUCAGAGAGGGACCUUUUCCUACAGAUCAAAGAGAUCAAAUGGAAGAAUGCAGUGCAGAUCUACAUGAUAAAUCGGGUUUAUCAUCCAUAUUGAAGUCGCUAGAGGAAAAAGCCAUGAAGUUCCUAAAAGAGGAACUGAAGACGUUUGUGAGGCACCUAGAUCAGAAUUACCCAGAAUGCUCUGAGCCUCAACUGGAGGAGGACAAUGACCUGGACUGUGAUGGUCAGAUGCAGAAGACCAGUGUUAGAGAGGUAGCUCUGAAGAUCACACUGUACAUCCUGAGGACCAUGAAGCAAAAUGAUCUUGCUGACCUGCUGGACAAGAGACAGCUCAUGCUACAGGAUAUCAAAGCUAAACUUAAGAAGCAAUUUGAGUGUGUAUUUGAAGGGAAAGCUAAGGAAGGACAGCCAACACUUCUAAGUGAGAUUUACACAGAACUCUACAUAACUGAAGGUGGGACUGGAACAGUCAAUGAUGAACAUGAAGUGAGACAGAUUGAAACAGUAUCCAAGAAAAGGCAAACAGAAGAUACUACAGUCAAGUGCAAAGAUAUAUUUAAACCCUUAUGUGGGCGUGUGACACCGAUCAGAACUGUACUCACGAAAGGGGUGGCAGGUAUCGGGAAAACAGUCUCUGUGCAGAAAUUUAUUCUCGACUGGGCAGAAGGAAAAGCAAACCAGGAUGUUCACUUCAUAUUUGCUCUUCCUUUCCGGGACCUGAAUUUGAUUAAGGGUGAAUACAGUCUGAUUGAACUGCUUCACCACUUUGUCCCAGAACUGAAAUCAUUUCAAUCCACUGACCUGUUUAGCUCCAAAGUCUUGUUCAUCUUUAAUGGUCUGGAUGAGUGUCGCCUUCCUCUGGAUUUUCAGAACAAUGAGAGCUGGUUUGAUGUAACAAAGAAAACGUCACUAGAUGUGCUGUUGACUAACCUCAUUAAGGGGAAUCUGCUCCCAUCCGCUCUCCUCUGGAUAACCUCCCGGCCAGCAGCAGCCAAUCAGAUACCUGCUAAGUGUGUCCACCAGGUGACAGAGAUACGAGGGUUCAGUGAUGCCCAGAAGGAGGAGUAUUUCAAGAAGAGAUUUAAUGAUCAGAGCCUGGCCAGCAGGAUUAUCGCACAUGUGAAAUCAUCAAGGAGCCUCUUCAUCAUGUGCCACAUACCUGUGUUCUGCUGGAUUUCAGCCACUGUGCUUGAGAGGCUUUUUAGCGAGACUGACAGUGGAGAAAUUCCAAGGACUCUGACUGAAAUGUACACACACUUCCUGAUCUUUCAGACAAGUUUAAAAAAUGACAAAUAUAUGAAAAACCAUGAAACUAAGCUUAAGAAAUACAGCAAGGAAUUCCUUUUAAAACUUGGUAAACUUGCUUUUGACAACCUUGAGAAAGGCAAUCUCAUAUUUUAUGAGCAUGAUCUGUCAGAGAAUGGCAUUGAUGUCACUGAAACUUCAGUUUACUCUGGAGUGUGCACAGAAGUCUUUAAAGAGGAGUAUGGGUUGUACCAGGAGAAGGUGUACUGCUUUGUGCAUCUGAGCAUCCAGGAGUAUCUCGCUGCUUUAUAUGUGUUUCUGUCAAACUCAUCAGCUGACUUGCUGGAGACUGCAGUGGAUCAGGCAUUAGAGAGCAAGAAUGGACACUUGGACCUCUACCUCCGCUUCCUGCUGGGCCUCUCAACAGACUCCAGUAAGACUCUGUUACAAAGACUACUGGGGCCGACAAGAAUCAGCUCACAUACCAUUAAGGGUACAGCCCAGUACAUCAAGAGGAAAAUAAAGGAGAAUUUAUCUCCAGAAAGGACCAUCAAUCUGUUCCACUGUCUGACUGAACUGGGUGACAAUUCUCUAGUAGAGGAAGUACAAAGAUACCUGAAUUCAGGAAACAUUUCAGCAGAUGACCUCUCACCUGCACAGUACUCAGCUCUGGCCUUUGUGAUGCUGAUGUCAGAUGAGGAGCUGGAUGUGUUUGACCUGAAGAAAUACAUCAGAUCAGAUGAAGAGCACUGCAGGCUGCUGCCUGUGGUCAAGAACUCCAGGACGGCUCUGCUGAACAGCUGUGAUCUCAUAGAUAAACACUGUGAAGUGCUGUCUUCAGCUCUCAGAUCAAACUCCUCACCCCUGAGAGAGCUGGACCUGAGUGACAAUGACCUGCAGGACUCAGGAGUGAAGCUGCUCUCUGCUGGACUGGGGGACUUACACUGUAAACUGGAGAUACUGAGGCUGUCAGGCUGUAGAGUCACAGAAGAAGGCUGUUCUUCCCUGGCUUCAGCUCUGAGGUCAAACCCCUCACACCUGAGAGAGCUGGAUCUGAGCUACAAUCACCCAGGAGAUUCAGGAGUGAAGCUACUCUCUGCUGUACUGGAGGAUCUCAGCUGUAAACUGGAGAAGCUGCAGGUGGGCCGGUGUGAACUCACAGAGAAAUGCUGUGAGGCACUGGCUUCAGCUCUCAGAUCAAACUCCUCACCCCUGAGAGAGCUGGACCUGAGUGACAAUGACCUGCAGGACUCAGGAGUGAAGCUGCUCUCUGCUGGACUGGGGGACUUACACUGCAACCUGGAGAUACUGAGGUCAGUCUGACUGGGUAUUCCACACUGUAAACUGGGGGUAGUGAGGUGAGUAUUACUGGGUAUUUCACACUGUACGCUGGAAAUACUAAGGUAGAAAAUAACUAAUGAUUUCAAAAUAAAGCAGGAGUAUCUAAGUCUAGGGGUUGACUUAAAAAAUAACAUUAGAUUCGCUACAGUAAGUGGAAUGUCGAAAGUAAGACUGCAUUGGAGGUUAAGGAUGACAUUAAAAGUUUCUUCCAAUAUUUUAACUCCAAAAGAGCUCUAAAAGCUGAAAUCACUCAUCUGCAGGAUAGUAACGGCCUUAUAAUUGAAAAUGAAAAUUAAUAUAGUAAAUGAGUUUAAUGAUUAUUUUACACGGGUGUUCACAGUAGAGGACAUGAUUAAAUUACCACCAUUUAGUACAAAUACAGUGUCCUAUAUAAACAAUAUACAGUCCCUCCACAAUUAUUGCCCCCCUUGUAAAGAUUUGUAAAAAGGGUUAGAAAAAAAUCCACCUUUUAGUGAAGCAGCUUCAUCUCACACUGAAAAAAUGAGAAAAAUCCAACCUUUCAUUGAAAUAAAUUUAUUCAAAGAAAAACAAAUCCUUCAUCAAGAAAUAAUUAUUUUCAACAAAAACGAUU